UGCAGUACUUUGACUAUUCUAAUUUUGAAUCUAAUAUUCAUCGUUAUUUUAACAGGAAAACUGAGAUAUGCCAACAACAGCAAUUACAAAAAUGAUGUAAUGAUCAGAAAAGAGGCCUAUGUACACAAAAGUGUGAUGGAAGAACUUAAGAGAAUAAUUGAUGACAGUGAAAUCACAAAAGAAGAUGAUGCCUUAUGGCCUCCACCUGACAGAGUUGGUCGGCAGGAGCUUGAAAUUGUAAUCGGUGAUGAACACAUCUCUUUUACCACAUCAAAAAUCGGAUCACUUAUUGAUGUAAAUCAAUCCAAGGAUCCGGAAGGGCUACGAGUGUUUUACUAUCUGGUCCAGGACCUUAAAUGUCUAGUCUUCAGUCUCAUUGGAUUACAUUUCAAGAUUAAGCCAAUUUAAAUUGUAUAAUUUUGAAUUAGUAUUGUAAUGCUGAGGGGUGGGACACUUUCAUUCUUUAUCUUUUCUUGGAUAGAACUUAUGUAUGUUAGAAAUUUUUUUUACAAGCUGUCAGUGAAAGUCUUUAAUAAAAAUGGUGAAACCUGUAUAUUUUUAAUUUAAA